UGAAAUGGGGCUAUCCCCUAGAGAGAUGCUUCUGUGUUGUAUUAUUUUAACAACUAUAUUUCUAUCGACCUAUGCUCAAACUUGUUCUAAUUAUGCAUUUGCAAGCAACAGGGUGUUUAGUGCUUGCAAUGAUCUACCCGUUUUAAACUCAUUUAUCCACUACACAUACAACCCAUCUUCUCAAACACUUGCAAUCGCUUAUCGAGUCACAAACUUUGAUUCAUCAAAGUGGGUUGCAUGGGCCAUUAAUCCUACUUCUCAAGGUAUGGCUGGCUCACAAGCACUUGUUGCCUUCCAGCAAUCUGAUGGGUUUAUAAGAGUCUACACAUCACCAAUCACCGGUUACAGCACUCAGUUGGCUGAAGGGGACCUCAGUUUCCCAGUUUCUGAUUUAUCGGCAAUUAAUUCAAACAAUAAUGAAGUUAUUAUUUUUGCCACUUUGGGUCUAAAUGGGACUAGUACACUGAAUCAAGUUUGGCAAGAGGGUCAACUAUCUGGAAAUGCACCUACGGCACAUGCAACAUCUGGUGAUAACAUCAGGUCAAUGGGGACUUUAAAUGUUCUUUCCGGACAAUCUGCAAGUGGAAGUGGGGCAGCAGGAACCAGUACGAAAACCAGGAAACGCAGUAUUCAUGGUGUUCUAAAUGCAAUCAGUUGGGGAAUAAUGAUGCCUCUUGGGGCUAUCAUUGCAAGGUAUCUAAGGGUAUUUCAAUCAGCAGAUCCUGCUUGGUUUUACCUACAUGUUACGUGCCAAACUUCUGCCUACGUCAUCGGUGUUACCGGAUGGGCAACUGGAAUUCGGCUUGGCAGCGAGUCUCCAGGCAUUCAGUUCACAUCUCACAGAGUCAUUGGUAUCAUCCUAUUUUGUGUAGCUACCCUCCAGGUGAUUGCUUUGCUUGUAAGACCAAAGAAGGAACACAAACACAGAAUAUUUUGGAACAUCUACCACCAUUUACUAGGGUACAGCAUCAUUGUCUUAGGGAUUAUUAACAUAUUCAAAGGCUUUGAUAUUUUAAACCCUGAGAAAAAAUGGGAAAGAGCCUAUACUGGAGUAAUCAUUGUUCUAGCCAUCAUUGCAGCAAUUAUGGAAGUUUACACAUGGUGUGUAGUUAUAAGAAGGAAGAAGGACGCAAAUACGGAGAAGUUGUCUAACGGAAAUGGAUAUGACAAUAAUGGGGCGAAUGGUCAUUAUCCAUAUGCUCAAAGGACUAAUGGGAGGGUUUAAGUUAAAGUCAAAUUUCCUAAUGUAUCAUAUCUCCUUUAUCCUAUUUUGUUUCAGUGUUCCUUUUCGUUU